AUGAAUCAUGGACCACGGAGAAUACCCAGCUUUGACCCCAUAAAUCUAAUCAUCAAAGCUGACCUGCAGAAAAUCGCCGAAAUGGAGGACGAAGUCGCCGCCCUUGUUAUCGACAAUGGAUCGGGUAUGUGCAAGGCCGGUUUCGCCGGUGACGAUGCGCCCCGUGCCGUCUUCCCGUCCAUCGUCGGUCGUCCCCGUCAUCAGGGUGUGAUGGUCGGUAUGGGCCAGAAGGACUCUUACGUUGGUGACGAGGCGCAGUCCAAGCGUGGUAUCCUCACGCUCAAAUACCCCAUUGAGCACGGUAUCGUCACCAACUGGGACGACAUGGAGAAGAUCUGGCACCACACCUUCUACAACGAGCUCCGUGUCGCCCCCGAGGAGCACCCCGUUCUCCUCACCGAGGCCCCCCUCAACCCCAAGCAGAACCGCGAAAAGAUGACUCAAAUCAUGUUUGAGACAUUCAACGCCCCGGCCUUUUACGUCUCCAUCCAGGCCGUCCUCUCCCUCUACGCCUCGGGUCGCACGACCGGUAUCGUCCUCGACUCGGGUGACGGUGUGACCCACACGGUACCCAUCUACGAGGGUUUCUCCCUUCCGCACGCCAUCCUCCGUCUCGACCUCGCCGGUCGGGAUCUGACCGACUAUUUGAUCAAGAUCCUCAUGGAGCGCGGGUACCCGUUCACCACCACGGCCGAGCGCGAAAUCGUUCGUGACAUCAAGGAGAAGCUCUGCUACGUCGCCCUCGACUUUGAGCAGGAGCUCCAGACCGCCGCACAGUCGUCCCAGCUCGAAAAGUCGUACGAGCUCCCGGACGGACAGGUCAUUACCAUUGGGAAUGAGCGGUUCAGGUGUCCCGAGGCGCUUUUCCAGCCCUCGUUCCUCGGUCUCGAGUCGGCCGGUAUCCACGAGACCACCUACAACUCGAUCAUGAAGUGUGACUUGGACAUCAGGAAGGACCUCUACGGGAACAUUGUCAUGUCGGGUGGUACCACCAUGUACAACGGUCUCGCCGACAGGAUGCAAAAGGAGAUUACCGCUCUUGCUCCUUCGUCCAUGAAGGUCAAGAUUGUCGCGCCCCCAGAGAGGAAGUACUCUGUCUGGAUCGGUGGUUCCAUUCUCGCCUCGCUCUCGACCUUCCAGCAGAUGUGGAUCGCCAAGUCCGAGUACGACGAAUCUGGACCUUCCAUCGUCCACCGCAAGUGCUUCUAA